CAUCUCCUCGUCGACAUGGCUCUGAACGUCCCGGGACUCGUGGCCACCAUCGUGUUCUACCUGUUGGUUCUGGGAAUCGGCGUCUGGGCCUCCGUCAAGUCCAAGAGGGAUGAGACCCGGACGCGAGCAGCGCACGCCGACAUGGCGUUGCUGGGCGACAGGAAGAUCAGCUUGGUGAUGGGGAUCUUCACAACCACAGCGACCUGGGUGGGCGGGACCUUCAUCAUCGGCACGGCGGAGACGGUGUACAACCCGGAGCUGGGCCUGAUCUGGGCCGUGAUGCCGCUGGCGGCGACGCUGGCCUUCACUCUGGGUGGUUUCUUCUUCGCCGAGCCGAUGCGAGAAAGGAAGUACGUGACCAUGAUGGACCCGUUCCAGAUCAAAUACGGCAACAGUCUGAGUGGACUCCUGUCGGUGGUGCCACUCAUGUCAGAGGUCAUCUGGGUCACAUCCACUCUGAUCAGCCUGGGCGUGACCAUGAGUGUGAUCCUGGACCUGUCGUACACGGUGUGUAUCUGGAUCUCGGCAGCGGUGGCCAUCAGCUACACUCUGCUGGGCGGCCUCUACUCGGUGGCGUACACCGACGUGAUCCAGCUCAGCCUCAUCUUCAUCACCUCGUGGCUGUGCGUCCCCUUCCUCCUCACGAGUCCCACGUCCGUCGACAUCACCACCACGUCCUUCAACAGAACCUUCCAGGCCCCGUGGGUCGGCUCGCUCACGGCCGACAGAGCCUGGAUGUGGGCCGACUUAUUCCUACUGCUGAGCGUCGGCGACCUCGGCUUCCAGGACUUCCACCAGCGGACGUUGUCGGCCUCGUCCUCGGCAUCGGCCAAACUGCGAUGUUACGCCGCGGCGGUUCUCAUCCCCACUUUUGGGAUUCCUCCGGUGCUGAUCGGGGCCGUGGCUGCGUCCACAGACUGGAACUCCACCUCGUAUGGUUCUCCGUCUCCGUUCGAACGAGGGCAGACGGGCCUGAUUCUGCCGCUCUGCCUGCAACACCUGACUCCGCCCUACGUCUCCGUCAUCGGCAUUGGUGCCGUGGCGGCCGCUGUGAUGUCAUCGACCGACUCUGCCUUGCUGUCGGCGGCGUCCAUCUUCACCUCCAACAUCUACAAGAGGAUCCUGAGGCCCAGGGCGUUAGAGAACGAGAUCCGCUGGGUGAUUCGAGGUGCCGUGGUUUUCUUCGGCCUGGUCGGGACGUCGCUCACCUUCCUGCACACCGGCGUCAUGGCGUUCUGGAUCCUGGGCGGAGAAAUCGCCUACAUCCUGAUGUUCCCACAGCUGGUCUGCGUGCUCUUCUUCAACGUGUCCAACGGUUACGGCGCCACGGCCGGAUUCCUGCUGGGGUCUCUGCUCAGACUUCUGUGUGGAGAGCCGCUGCUGGCGCUGCCGCCCGUCCUGCACCUCCCAGGAUGCACCCUGGAGGACGGCGUUUACGUUCAGUACUCCCCCAUCAGGACCAUAUGCAUGCUGGUUACGUUUGCCUCCAUUCUGCUCAUCUCCUACCUAGCGGCGCUGCUCUUCAAAAACGGACUGAUACCUGAGAAGUUCGACACGUUCCAGGUCAAAGUCCAACACUCAGCACGGACGCAGGUUCCACAGAGCAACGAUGAACAAGACUCACGACCUCCAAGCGAGAACAACAGAGCAAUGGACCCGAUGUUAGAGUCGACGUGUUGAAACCGACGCACGGACCAGCUGUCAAUCACACUGUAGCCACGCCCCCAACACAUCGCGUGCUUUAUGUGUUCAUCAUGUGUUGAAGACUUGAACAAUAAACUCCUCUGUUUGACUGACGUUAUAAAUCCAGUGAGAGGUAGAGUCGCCCUCUGCUGGUCAGGACACAGAACACAGGCUUACCCGGAGUCUACACCUUGUAGAGACCACUCAUCAGGAUCGAUCUUCCCCCAGAGAUUGUACGGGACACGUGGGAGGAGACGUACAGGAACGUCUCAGGAUCCUCCUAGAGCAGGAACAAGGCCAAUAUCGAUAUUAGGAAGUAAAAGAUUACCGAUAUAUAUAUAAAAAUGUAUCUGUCAAUGAUUCCUAAGAUUUCGUUAUCCAACCUUUAUGACAAAGAAAUGUAAU